UCUUGGUUUAUGGGCAUGACUCUCUUUGAAUCUUCUUUGGAUUUUAAAGUCAUAUAUCCUGUUAUUACUUGCUUGCCGUUGGGGAUGUCCAUGCAUUAUCAACUGUCACAAUGUUAUUAAAAUUAGUAACUAACAGGUCUCAUUCAAGGGAGUGCUAUGGGAGAUUAUUCACUGCUUUUUCCUUGUAGUCUUCAGGCAGGUCAGGAAGGGAAGCAGAACCGACAAGCACGGAGCCCAAGGCAAGACAGAAGGAGUCUACCAAUUCAAUUCAGACUGAGAAUCCGAGAGAGAGAGAGACAUAGAGAUUCACAUUCAGACUGCUAAAGAGAAAGAGAAAUUGAAAUCCAAUAUCUCAAGACCCAGAAGACAAAGACAAGAGAAGAGGAUCAUAAAAUGCAGCAGCAAAAUUGCAAGAGCAAACCGCAGCCAGUUCUUCCGAAGCGGAUAAUCUUAAUGCGGCAUGGCGAGUCUCAGGCCAAUAUAGACAUCGCCACCUACUCCACCACCCCCCACAACAAAAUCCCACUAACGGACGUGGGCCUGGCCCAGGCCCACCUCGCCGGCGCCCACCUCCACCGCGUCAUCUCCGACAUCGACACCAACAACCCCAACUGGCGCGUCUACUUCUACGUCUCUCCCUACGAGAGGACGCGCUCCACGCUUUGUCAGAUCGGACGGUCCUUCUCCCGGACACGUGUCAUCGGCGUCCGCGAGGAGUGCCGGCUACGGGAGCAGGACUUCGGCAACUUUCAAGCGCAGGAUCGUUUCAAGGCCAUUAAGGAGACCAAGGAGAAGUUUGGCCGCUUCUUCUUUCGGAAUCCGGAGGGAGAGUCCGCCGCUGAUGUCUACGAUCGUGUUUCAAGUUUUCUUGAAUCAUUAUGGAGGGACAUUGACAUGAACAGGCUUCGCCAUGACCCUUGCCAUGACCUCAAUCUUAUAAUAGUAUCACAUGGGUUGACGUCGCGCGUCUUCCUCAUGAAGUGGUUCAAGUGGACGGUUGAGCAAUUCGAGCACCUAAACAAUCUUGGAAAUUGCGAAUUUCAAGUGAUGCAAUUAGGAAAGGGCGGAGAAUACAGCUUAGCAAUCCAUCACAGCGAGGAACAACUAGUAGAAUGGGGUCUCUCCCCUGAAAUGAUAGCUGACCAAAAGUGGCGAGCCCAUGCCAACGGGGGUGAUUGGAAUGAGCGUUGCCCCUGGUACCUUGAUACCUUUUUCAACCGUCUAGCUGACUCGGAAGACAGCGGAGAAAGUGAAGACAUUUGGCAUGAAACUGGUGAAAAGAUUCAGCAAUCAAAUUGAUUGUGCGAGUCUUGAAACCAAACUGAUUCUUUUAGCAUAUAAACUAGGCUCCUCAGUGAUAUGGAGUUACAAUAGUAUUUCAGUUACAAUAGUUAAUCCUACUAAUAAUAGGAAAUGGUCAGUUGUCAGUUACAUUGUUAUUAGGCAAUAACUCCAUAUUUAUGUUUGUGAUAAUGACUUGUUGUAUCUGUAGAUUAUUCUCUACAUACUUUAUAUAUAUUGUAUAAUUAUCAUAUGAAUAAUAUAAGAAACUCCCUCUUUGGUGUCAUGAGCCC